CGGGGCUCUAAGCUCAAAGCGAGAAGUACCCAGGCACUGCAGGGCGGCAUUCAGCGUAUGUCAUGGCUGCAAGUUUAUGACAGAACGACACCAAGUCAACUAACUCAACUUCCAUCAACAUUGAAACCUCGAGGUCACUCUGUCUCAGCGUACUCUGCCCUACACCUUGCUCUUCGCGCCGAAAUCAUUCCUGCUCACUUGCGACCGUGUCCAAGCCAAAACAACAUCACAACAACUUUCCCACCUCGCACACGACAUCUGAAAGAGCCUGCUCCUGACCUCCCUUACCAAUCCCAUCAACUCUAUCCUGCGACUUGAUUGAGGUUGAUGCUCAAUCAUGGAUUCCAAGAUGGAUGUUGACGUGGGAAAACCCGCGCAGCCUCAUGGCUUAUCGCCUGUUACAGACUCUCAAUCAAUACCAACCCUAGAUGGAUGGAUCGAGAGCUUGAUGGACUGUAAACAACUGGCAGAGAGCGAUGUUUCAAGGCUCUGUGAUAGGGCCAGAGAAGUACUUCAGGAGGAGUCAAACGUACAGCCAGUGAAAUGUCCCGUUACAGUCUGCGGCGAUAUCCACGGCCAAUUCCACGAUCUAAUGGAGUUGUUCCGCAUCGGCGGACCAAAUCCAGACACGAACUACCUCUUUAUGGGAGACUACGUAGAUCGUGGCUACUACUCCGUCGAGACGGUGACCCUCCUUGUCGCCUUGAAGAUCCGAUACCCUUCCCGAAUCACCAUCCUUCGAGGGAACCACGAGAGUCGACAAAUUACCCAAGUCUAUGGCUUUUACGACGAAUGUUUGAGAAAAUACGGCAAUGCUAAUGUCUGGAAAUACUUCACCGACCUCUUCGACUAUCUCCCCCUCACUGCACUCAUCGACAACCAGAUUUUCUGCCUGCACGGCGGGCUGUCUCCCAGCAUUGACACCCUCGACAACAUCCGAUCUCUCGACAGAAUCCAAGAAGUCCCACACGAAGGUCCUAUGUGCGAUCUUCUAUGGAGUGAUCCCGACGACAGAUGUGGAUGGGGUAUCAGUCCAAGAGGUGCAGGCUAUACAUUCGGGCAAGACAUCUCCGAAGCGUUCAAUCACAACAACGGUCUUACCCUCGUGGCGAGAGCACAUCAAUUGGUCAUGGAGGGAUACAACUGGAGCCAAGACAGGAAUGUUGUCACGAUUUUUAGUGCCCCCAAUUACUGUUACAGAUGUGGUAAUCAAGCUGCCAUCAUGGAGAUUGAUGAACAUUUGAAGUACACUUUCUUGCAAUUCGAUCCUUGCCCUCGAGCUGGCGAACCCAUGGUCAGUCGGAGAACACCAGACUACUUCCUGUGAGCGAGGCGAGUUUGUACUAGAAACACAAAAUCGCAUCGUCGUGGGGGGAGCAAGCAGCAGGCAUGGUUUUCCUCUGGGGCUGGCGAAAAUUUCCUCAAGAGACACAGAAAGAGCAUGGUAACAGUAGACAUGAGUGCGGUGCAUUUCUUGCGGGAAAAGAGAAAGGGAAAACACGCGUUGGCACCUCCAGGAGUGGUCUUUGCCUGGGUCUUUUUGACGAUGGUUGGGCACCUCGAGAUACCAGACGAAAAAGGAAUGCCCAUAGACACACAAGAAGUUCUUUUUGCAUGCGAAAGAAUCCCAUGCAUGGCGGCAGCACCUGUUCCAGAUGCGAUUGCGAUGAGGCUACUGUUGUCUGUCAGAUGUAUUACAAGAAAGACUGUUGGUAGUAAUGACCCGAAGACUGAUUAGUGCUGGUCUGUACGGUCCCUAGAUUUGGCAUUGUAUGGCGCUUGACACCUUUUC